UCCAUGGCGAUGCGCGGCGCAAUGCGGUGGGAGGCCGACGAGGCUGAAUCGCUUCUGCCGCAGUGCCACCGGAUGGUCAGCGAAAUGGAAGCACUGCGUGCGAGCGAGCAGCGCUACCGGGCGCUGGUGGGCGAGGAGGUCCCCGGCGCCCGCUCUGCAGAUGGCGAGGACCCGUCAACGCGUGCGCAGUGCCUGCACGGCAUCGAAGCUGCACUGGUGUCCCUCGGCGUGGAGGACGACGGCGAGCCCGCUGCGGCAGCCAUUAUGCGGGCCGCGGAGGACGCCAAGGCGCAUGAGGUGGAGUUGCUCGACAGGUUGGACGAGGCUGCUGUGCGUGAGCACGCGCUGGUGUCGAAGCUGAGCGAGCUGGGCGAGGCUGCGGACGCCCUGCAGCGUGCGCUGGGCGGCAAGCACAUUGCCUUGGAGAACGAGGAGGACGUGACGGUUGUCGGGGAUCGCGUGGUGGAGGCGCUAGGGCGGCUGGGCGAGGAGUCUGCCGUGGCGUCCAUGGCGAUGCGCGGCGCAAUGCGGUGGGAGGCCGACGAGGCUGAAUCGCUUCUGCCGCAGUGCCACCGGAUGGUCAGCGAAGUGGAAGCACUGCGUGCGAGCGAACAACGUUAUCGUGAGAGGUCCAAGGAGAUGUGUACAUUGUAUGUGAAGUUGAGGAUGAAUUUGGAAGAGAUGGAGGAGCGUGUUGCUCUUUUGUUGGAGUUUUUUGUCUUGCCUAGGAGAGUCAUAAGGCGUUUUGCAUCCGCCGUGAGUGCAAUUGUUGAUGUUUGUGGGUUGUUAAAUUGUGAAGAGGAUAGUGUUCAUCUUUACGUGGAAGAGGCGUUGGAGUCGCGAGAUUAUUAUGCCAAGCUUUGUGGUGGUGAUGGUUCUUUAUCGGCCUCGAAUGAUGAGGGGGUGACUCGUGCUGAGUGUGUGCUUGUUAUGAGGCGGGCAGUUUCACGGUUGGCGCCUGAGCUUUUGGAUGAGCCGACACUUUCUCUUUCUGCGAAGCUGCAGCGAGCUGUGGAAAAAGCAGUGCGUCAGUUGGCGCACGUAUUGGAAUCCCUUGAAGAGUCGACUGAUGCUGGAGCGCGAGUUGAAGGUGAGUUGGGUACUAUUGUGGCGGCUAGUGAACAAGCAUUGGUUGUUCUACGAGGUGGAGACUCUUCUGCGAACUCCGGCGAGGGGGUUGGGGUGUCGCGGUCGAAUGUUCCGUAUCUUGCGCGAUCUCUUGUGUCUCAUGCUGGAGACACUUCCAAUAGGCUACGCGAACUGCGAGAAGUGAUCGUGGAGUGCGAAGGCAUUUUAGCGCAUGCGCGCAGAGGCGAAGGUGAGAAGGGGACAUUGGUGUCGGAGUCUUCAUUGGCUUUUAUGUCGGCUGGUGCGAUGGACCUUCUGCUUCUCCCUGGACACUGCAGGGAGGUCGUGGCGGAGGUCUUCUCGCUGCGGGCGAAGCUUCGUUCGAGUAUUGCCACAGUAACGAGGAGUGUUGGGAAUCAUAAUUUAUUGUUGGGCGCCGUGCACAGCUCUUUGAGGGUGUUGGCGUUUGCGCUUGAUGGCGCCGUCUUGUCCGUGCUUCCGAGUGAGGAGGAUGGCAGCGACACUGAACCUGUUGAGGGUAUUUGUGAUGGGUUGAGGUCAUGCACCCAGGCGGCUGCACGGCGCCUACGCGAAGCGGAGCACAUUGCCUCCGCAUCGGCGCAAGUGCUACGGGAGGCGCUCUCAGAUGAGGAGGAUCAGCAUUCUGGCGCUGGUGAUGGGCUCUUAUCUAUUGCUAGCGACGCAGCCCGUGCGCUGGAGGCGCGUCGUGUGGAAGUGGAGAGUUUGCGCAACGCUCUCGAUCAGGCGCGGCGGCUUGCCGAGGAGUAUCGGCGUCGCAUGCACGCCAAGGCGGCAGAGGAUGAUGCCGUGAUAACUGCGCAGGUCGAGACGUACGCCGUGGUGGAAUCUCAACUGAAGGAGGCGACGGAGCGGCAGGUGCAAGCCACUGCCAGAACGGCCAAGCUUCUUCGAGAUCUGUCAGAGUUUGCCGGAAGUGUGGCGGCCAUUACGUUGUACGACGGCACUGCCGCAGAGGAAGCGGUGGGGGAGGAGCGAGUAGGGCAUGACAAAAAAAAUGACGUCUUGCACGUGGUGAGUAGAGAGCGCCUUGAGAGUAUCCUGGAGCACUGUUUCACUGUCAUGCGAUCGUUGGAGUCGGCGAAAGCAAAGGCGAAGUUGCUGUCAUCGGAAGCAGAUGAACUACGUGGAAAGUUGUGCGAAAGCGAAACCACGUCGCGUGAGCUUGAGUACCACUUACGCAACUCGGAAACAAAGGCGGCCGCGCAAGCUGUGGAGAUGCGGGACGAGAUGGAGUUUCUCCGUAACGCGCUUCAGGCAAGGGUGACGGAGUGUGAAGAGAUGCAACAGCAAGUGCAGGACACAGAGAGGCGUAUAAACACUCUACAAGCAGAGAUGGCGGACACGAAUAGGACGUACGGUAGUGAGCGUGAUAGUUUAUCAAAGGUGCAGUCCUCAUUGCUCUCGGAGAACGAGGAGAUGCGGAAGAAGCUGGAGACUAUGCGAAUGGAGCAAAAAGAAGUACAGACAUUCUUGCGUGAGUGCCAAGUGACGUCACUUGAUGAAGGGGUGGCGAAAAUGUUGUCUCUUGUAGGCGAUGUCGCGUUAAGCCAUCUCGUCCUUGAGGAGGCCGAACAUCGGGUGCAGUUGCUGCAGAACUGGGUGCUGAGCUACCCCAUGUACACACAUUCACUGUUGACCAUUUGCACACGUGUGGCAAAUGUGCUUUCUGCGACUGACUUUGAGGACAUACCCAUGUGUGUGGCGGAGAUGAUGGAGAGAGCGCAGGAGUUUAGCCGACUGCUUGGGGUUCCUGCUAAGACACCUGGACCAACGCGCGCCGCUGCCCUUAAAACACUUAUGGAAUGGGCGGAAAAGUUUGGUCUUGAGACGGAGCUGCAUGCAGAGUCGUUUCUUACGGACUUGGGCUUUGCCUUAUCUGAGUUGUAUUUAGGCCAUGCGUCGCUCAGGAAGAAAGCAAUGGCGCUUCAGAGCGAGUUUGAUCACGCACAGUCCACGUUGGAGACAAGCAGGAAACAAGUGGAGCAGAUUGCCGCGCAGCUGCGGUGUGCGCAUCAGACGGAAGGGCCGGCGGUAGCGGCGGCAGCUGCAGAGACAGCACAGUCGGCCACACUUCAAACUGGAUUUGCAACGUUGCGUGCCGAAGCGGAGUGGGCUGUCGAACGGAUCGCUAGCCACGCUGAGCAGACGCGAAAGAUGCUGGAGGUGUUUGAGUCAGUGCACAGCGGCCGCAGUGUGUUGGAGGCAUCCAUGCACACGGUGGAAGAGCUCAAAGAGCGACGUGCUACGGAGGAGGUUCUUCGGGCGGAGUUAGCGACGGAGCGAGCGAAGGUGGAGUCACACCGUGGCUGCAUUGAGACGAGUAUGAGUUAUCUGCCAGGCUCUCUGAUUCCUGUCAGCGCAGGCGAUGAUCUGCCGCGACGAUGCGCCGCCGCGGGUGCGGCGCUGCGCCGCCUGACCGGCAUAUUAUCCAGUGCUCAGCAGCUUAUUGCAUCGGCAGGGCAUGAUGCUCACAGCGGCGAUCUUUGCAUGAACCUAGAUGACUUGCUCCGGCAGCUGCGGCAGCUGGAGGGGGGGGCGAAGGUACUUGAGGCGAGUUCUGCGAGCCAUCAGCAGAGGGUGCUGCAGCUUGAGCGAACGCUGCUCGAGACGGAGGAGCGGAUGAAAGCGACCAUGGCGGCUCAGGAGGAUACCGCACGGAAGACAAUGGCACAGGAAAAAGAGAAGCAGAAUGCGCUACGGGCGAAACUCACUGAGUCCAUGCACGAGUGUGACCAACUGCGUGCGGCGAUCGCUGCGUGCAGCAGUGCCAUUGGUUGCAGCCUCGAGGCUCAAUCCGAUGAUAACACCACCACCGCAGGCAACAAUGAUGAGGAUUGCGAGGGAAGGAGGUUGCUGCGGGCCGCAAAGACUCUUGCCUCCGCACACGACGCUUACGCGAGAGAGCUGGAAGAACUGAGGGAGCAACUUGCAUCAUCGCGGAAGGCACUCGCAGCUGGCAAUGACCUCCGUGCACUCGCGCAGGAGGAGCAGUGCCGCCUCGUGGAAGAAGUGGAGCGGCUACGUGCUGAAGUACUGCGGGUCACUGCGUCCGACGAGGAACAUCAAGCUGCGCUCUUGUGUCUCACAGAGAAAGCAGAAAGAGUUGUCUUGGGGUUGUCGUCUGAGUUUUCUUCAUUUCCAUUUUCAGUGACGUCACCACUUAGCAUGCGAGCCUCCCUCGCAGCUCAGCAUUUAUCAGACGCCUUCAACAUUUUUGGGGAACACCAGAGUGGGCUUGAAGGGAAGGUGGAUGAGUUGAAGAGGCGUGGCGAGGAGCAUCAACGCGAGAUGGAUGCAGUGAUUUGCCUUCUUCAUGAGGCUGUGGAGCUCACCGGGGAAACUGCCUCUGGCGAUGCCGUGCAACUCGGUGCGGUCCUGCGGGAGAAGUUAUCGGCAGCGCUGGAAGACAAGAAGAGCCUUACAGGUGCGACCGAGGCGCUACGAGCCGAAAACACCAAACUGAAAAGUGUCUGCGCGUCAACUGAAACACAACUGCAGGAGGCAAAGGUGUCAUUGGUGCAGUUGGACUUGCAGGGGCGGGCAUUAGAGGAGGAGUUGGGCGUUUUAACAUCCUUUGUGGGGAGUAUCGCGGAAGUGACGGGUGAACUGCUGCCAAGCUGUCCCGCCGACAUGGAACGUAUUAAGGCUGUCUGCGUUGCUAAUCAGGCGACCCUGCAGCAACAGGCUGCAGAAAUAAUACGGGCGCGUGAGGAACUCACCGCGGCUAGCAGCGUCUCUGCCGAGUUGAAAGUGACAAUCAAGGAGAAUGCAGCAGACCGACAACAGUUAACGGAGCGUCUGCGUGGUGUGGAGCAGGAGCGCGAUGAUCUGUUGAAGGCCUCAGAGCAGCUUGUUGGACGUGUGCAGAGCAUUUUGGACAAUCACGUGGAGGUGCAGCGUGAGUUGGUGUUUCCUGAGGACAGUGACGAUGUGACGAUAGCGGACAUUGUCCAACUGUGCGUAGAGCGGUUGGAGCAACAUCGUAUUGGGACGGCAACAUUAAAUGACAAACUCACAGCGCUUCAGCGCGAAAACGCCGAGCUGAAGAAGGAACUUCGAAGUCUCGAAGGCAAUGCUGCAGUCAACGCAGGAGAGAUUGCGGAGCUUCACGAACAACUGCGUGUGUUGCUCGAUAGCAAACAGCUGGCGCAUGUCAAUCAGUCCAAGUUGACGGCGGAGUAUGACAGCCUUUCUCGUCAACUGCAUUCCCUUUUCACGGACGCGCUACGCAUGGCGGCUGAUGACAUGAAGCUGCAGGUACCCCUAUUCUCCGACACGAGUGUAUCUGGUGCUUUGCAAGGGCUUCGCUCGCUUCUUGAUUACAUCACAGAGAGGUUCCGCUCUGGUGCCAUCCGCAGUGCGGAUAUCGAGGACAAGGUGGAAUCGCUACAACAGCUGCUACAGGUGCGGGAACGGCAACAGGCCCAGGACGCCAGAAGCCUGUAUCGAACCUUUUGUGACCACAUUGCGGUUUACAUCGGCACUCACGAUUCACGAGGAGAGAAUGAUGGUGGCGAUGAUAGAAGCAGCAAGCCACUCCAACUUCUGCCAGAGUCUCUCGUUUCAGCUGGAACCUCUCUUCAUCACGUUCACACCGAGGUACAGCAUGUGGGAAUGCUCUGUCGUCGCCUGCUGGGAAUCCCGGUAGAGCCGUCGGGGAAGUUGCGUGGGAUGACGUUGCCAGAGUCGGCCACAUGGCUUGAAGAGACCGCUAGUGGUGUAGCGGGGCGAGCGGAGUUACUGCAUAACGCUAUUCAAGCCGUUUCUCAUGUGGCGGAAAUACCUCCCAUCGACCUUGCAUCCUCGGAGCAGCGGGUGACAGAGUGGGUGGAAAGUUUUGGCCUCUGGCUGGAACGUGCGCAGCGUGGACUUGACGCAACCGAUCAUUUACUGGAGGCACUCACACGUGUUGUCCAUAGCCAUGGCGGUCUUGUAGAGGAGGUGUUGAGCGCGAAUACCACGAUGAUUAGUUUCAAUAAUAAUGCCAGCAACAACCUUCAUUUGCAGCAGCCUAUCGUGGAUGCGUCGCUGCAAGACUUGAACAACAGCCGCACUGAUGUGUCGCUCUCCCGGUGCAUUACUCAUCCACAUCACCGUGCGGUGUUCAAUGCGGUGCAGGAGCUUGUCUCACAGCUGGAGAGUCGUGGACGUGUCUUGACAUCCGAGUGGCAGGCGCUCAUGGAUCAAAACAACCGCCUUAUUCAUGAACGCCGCCAGACGGAGGAAGACCAGGCGAGGGUGCAAGACCACGUUCAAGAGCUCCGCCGUGUCGUGCAGCGCAAGAUUGAAGAGGACCGUAGAGUAGAGAAGAGUCUGCAGGAGUUAGACAAGCAUCUUGACAUGCAGGCAAGGGAGCUAGCAAUGAAGUAUCGGUCCGACCAUGAUAUUAUUGUGCGACAAUUUACCGAGCUCCGUGGAGCGAUACGACGAACGAUACGGCCGCAGCGAUCCUACUCAACAGCAUCGACGACGCUUGGCUCAGUAAACCAACGAACUCUUUGA